GCAGCCCGCCCCAAGGAGCAGGACGCAGCAGCCAGCCCCGUCUCCUGCCAGGAGUGUCCUUUCACCCCAGAGCAAACAGUGACAUGUGGAAGGUCUGAGCCCUCUCCCACCUUCGCCGGGACACCAUGGACACUGAAGCCGUGCAGCCCCAGGAGGCUUCGCUAACGGUCAACGAGCAGGUUAUUGUCAUGUCCAGCCAUGAAACCAUCCGAGUGCUGGAGGUUGGCGUGGACACCCCGCUCCCGGCCGAGGAGGACCGGAAACCCUUGGAGAUGCCACCAGGGGAGGUAGCACGGGGCUCCCCGGGAAAGACCGGCCACCCAGGCAGAGAGGAGGUCCCACACAGCACCCAGAGCUCAUGCAGCGGGGAGGCAGCCGGCAAAGCCAAACCGGCGGCCAGAGCAUCACCCAGCACCGUCCCCUCCGUCGGCACCUUCAGCCACGCCACGAGCCAGCAGCCGCAGACGUUGGCCCCGCUGGCCGUGCAAGCGACCCCGCAGGUCUUGACUCAGGAAAACUUAGCAACAGUUGUGACAGGAGUAAUGGUUCCAGCAGGGACAGUUACUCAACCUCUUCUUAUCCCCAUCAGUAUUGCAGGUCAAGUGGCAGGUCAGCAGGGGCUGGCUGUGUGGACAUUUCCUACAGCAACGGUCGCUGCCCUUCCCGGAUUGACGGCUGCUUCUCCUACAGGGGGAAUUUUCAAACCGCCUAUAGCCAAUUUGCAAGCCGCUGCCGUACUGAACACAGCCAUCCAAGCGCCGGUGCAGCCUGCCCAGCCGCUGCAGGCUGCGGUCCAGCCCCGGCCCCCCCUCCAGACCCCUGGCGUCUUCCCCACCGCGCCCAGCCAGCCCCCCAUCCUGCCACAGCCCGCUGCAGCACCCACGCCGCCCGUGGCCAAGCCGUUAGAGACGCAGACCCAGAUCACCGUCCAACCUGCUGGAUUUGCCUUUAACCCUGGCAUAAUCAGCGCGGCUUCUCUCGGGGGCCAAACCCAGCUCCUCGGCUCCUUGGCAGCCGCCCCCGUGAUCGCAAACACCAUCUCCAGCGUGCAGGGCAUCACGGGCCAGAUCCUGACCAACGCCCAGGGCCAGGUGAUCGGGACCCUGCCGUGGGUGGUGAACCCCCCCGGGAUGGCGGCAGCCAGCCCAGCCCCGGCCGCUCUGCCGGCCCAGAACCUGCAGGUACAGACGGUGACGCCCCAGCUGCUGCUCAAUGCCCAGGGCCAGGUCAUCGCCACGCUGGCCGGCAGCGCCAUCCAGGCGGCCGCCAUCAAGAAAACCGGCACCCCCGAGCCCCCCCCCAAGAACGAGGUCCAGCCCAUCCAGCCGGCCCCAGCUCUCUCCCAGCCGGCCGUGGUGAUGGCAAAUCCUGCCCCGGCAGCAAAGGCUUCUUCUGUGCCCGUCCCUAUCACCUGCUCAGAGACCCCCACCGUCAGCCAGCUGGUCUCCAAGCCCCCGGCUCCCAACAGCAGCGCGGAGGAGGAUGGGAUUAACCUGGAGGAGAUCCGGGAAUUCGCCAAGAACUUCAAGAUCCGACGUUUGUCCCUCGGCCUGACGCAGACGCAGGUGGGACAGGCCCUGACGGCCACCGAGGGACCGGCCUACAGCCAGUCGGCCAUCUGCAGGUUCGAGAAGCUGGACAUCACCCCCAAGAGCGCCCAGAAGCUGAAACCGGUGCUGGAGAAGUGGUUGAGCGAAGCUGAGCUCCGUAACCAAGAGGGGCAACAAAACCUGAUGGAAUUCGUCGGGGGGGAACCCUCCAAAAAACGGAAACGCCGUACCUCCUUCACCCCCCAAGCCAUCGAGGCUCUCAAUGCCUACUUCGAGAAGAACGCCUUGCCCACCGGCCAAGAGAUCACCGAGAUCGCCAAGGAGCUCAACUACGACCGCGAAGUCGUCCGCGUCUGGUUCUGCAACCGCCGGCAGACCCUCAAAAACACCAGUAAACUCAACGUCUUUCAGAUCCCCUAA